CUUGCUUGGUAAGUUCCAUGGCCAUGGUUUUAAUGGUAAUCCUGUGAGCAUUUUACUAAUUGUUUUGUUUAGAGUGGUUAACGGGUAAAGAUUUAUAAUGCCGUCUGGCAGUAAAAGAAACAAAAAAGAUAAAUCGAUCAACAAAUUAAUGAUGAAUUCACCGAACGGCUCCACCAAAGUGACCAAAGACAAAGAGAGCCAAAAGCCACAGCAGACUAUGUUUGAUGCUAGUUUGAAGACCCUGGAUAAACUCUUCAAGGAAUCCAGCGCAACAGACAUUCUAAAACUUGGUCCCAGGCCGGAAUUGCUUGGUAUGACACCUUUAGCGAUGGCAGCCUCUGUUGGUAAUGUUGAAGCUGUUGUAAAGCUCCUGGCUGCUGAAGCCGACGUCAAUGAAAAAUCAGAUAAAAACACAACAGCUUUAAUGCAAGUUAUUCACAGUAAAAAUGUAGAUAUUGCCCAUUUACUGUUAAAACAGGGAGCGAGGCUAACAGAUAAAAACACGAGUGGGGAUAAUGCUUUUAUGAUGGCUGUUUGGUCAGGGGAGGCUGAUUUAGUCAAUAAAAUGUGGCCAUAUAGACAAGAUUUAGAUAUUAAUCACCAGAAUCAGGCAGGAAAUACAGCCCUUCAUCUAGCAGCCUCAAAGAAAUGGGAAAAUGGUAUUCAGUUUUUGUUAACAAAUGGUGCCGAUACCAAUCUUCAAAAUAAAGCUGGUUUCACACCACUUAUGACUGCUGUAAAGCAAGGUGAUAUGAAGGCAAUUGAAAAAUUAGUUAAUCAUUCUUAUACAGAUUUACUUAUAGAAGAUUCGGAGGGUCAAACAGCCUUGUGUAAAGCCAUUUUAAAUGAAAGAGGAGAUGCUGCUCAAGUGAUAACUACAAAAUUGUCUGGUUUAGACAAAAUAGUUUUAAGUCAGAAUUUAGUUACCAAACUGUUAAAGCCACCAGAAGAUUGUGAUAAUCAGGUUGAUUUUUAUGAAGAGACUCUCUAUCCUGUGUUAUUAACAAUGUGUAAAUUUGACGAGUUUAGAUCGUCUCUGUGCAGCUGUAAACUAAUAGGUCAUGUUAUAAACAUUGCUGCCAAACAUGUAACCAGUUCUCAAAUAGUUACUGCCAGUUGUUUCAUCUGUACGUUAUUGAUGUUCAAGUAUUCAUCUGGUACUGACGAGCGGUUUGUAGAUCAAUUUAUGGUUUGUAAAGGUCCAGAAUUUGUACUACAUGUGCUCAAAAUCUAUGAAAAUCUAGAAAAUGGUUUAAGUCAAGAUUCCGAGGUAAUGGCCAGCUGCAUCUUGACCUUAGUACCAGUAUCAGAUUCAACAACCGGCAAAGAGUGGAUUAAACAAAAUAAUCAAAGUAUGUCCAAGUAUAUAGAAAAAUUGAAAGUCUCAAAUAUUAUGAGCAAAUUAACAUUUAUUGAUGAAGGUUGUCGCUGUAAGUUGAAAAUAGCCUGGAAAGAAUUUAUCAAGUUGUAUGAAGAUACUAUUGAUCACCAAAGACAACAAAAUAUUAACCAAUUACUGGAAGAGGAAGAACGAGAAAAGUUGAAGAAGGCUAAGAAAAAAGAUAGAAGAAAAACCAAGAGGAAAAACCAAAACAAGAAACAAAAAUUCGAAGAAGGAAUGAUAGAUACUGCAGCAAUAAAUGAAAAUAAUCAUUCAAAAAUUACACCACAAAUAAAAGACAAAAAAACACCAAAAAAUACAAAAUAUCAGCCAUUAAAUUAUGAUAACUUUGAUGAUAAGUCAGAUUUAGACGAACCAUUAGAAUUUGGAUUUACAGUGGAUUUAGAUGCAUUAACUGAAGACGAAUGGGUUACUGUUAGUACGAAGAAACCGAUAACGAAGCCUGCUCCUAAAUUAACUCCACAAAAACAAGCUAUAACUGCAAAACAAGAAAUGUGUAAACCAUCAAAACAAAGGCCAAAGAAUGAGAAAGUAGAGUCUAUCAAAAUCAAAGAUGGUAACCUGAGCUGGGCUGAUAUUGCUCGAAGUAAUAUUCAGUCAAUUGAAAAGCAACCAGAUUUAUCAAGUCCAAACAAAAGCCGCACAGAAUCUCCAGCUACAUCUGUGCAUGAUUAUUCACUUGAGGGUACAAACGAAGAUACACUUUCAGAAGAGGAAAAUGUAGCAACUAUAGAAGCUCAAGUACCUAAAGUCCAAGUUUCAGACCCAAAUCCAUAUGAACACGAUUUUCCAACGCUAAACGAUAGAACUGAUUCUAUCUGGGGACCAUGCCCCAUUGAUACGGAUUGUUCUAAUUCCAGAGCUGCAGAAAUAUAUUCUGCAUCCUCAACUAUGGACAGACAAGCCGAUAAUCAUGCCACUUCAUGUCGACCUCCACCCGGAUUUAGCGAGAUUAGGCCUACGGAAAAUUGGUGGGAUAAUAUGAAUACUUUGAAGUUCCCUCCAUUUGGAUUUCAACCUAAUCAAACAACCACAACUUCAAUUUCACCAAAUGCUUCUAGUCUAUCUCCACUUAAUCAAAUGCAGUUCAUGGCAUCAUUUAUUGAGGAACAACAACGUUUAUUAAGUGCUUCUCAGUCGAAUGGAGGAAGUAGCGCUACAAUGUUACCAAAUCAAGAACUUCUAUCAUCAAAACCAGUUGAGCAUACUUUUCAACAAAACGAAACAACAUUUCCCGUGAACUCGGUUGGAGGAACGAACGUUUAUGGCCAAAUGACCAAAACAUGCAUAAAUUCAUUGGUGCAUAAUAUUCCAACUGUAGAUGCUUUAAAGAUUUCUCAUGGAAUGGACUCUGCACAUAAUCUUCCCCAACCUAAGCAGCUAUGGCCUGAUCACUCCAAUGAUUUUGAUGGCUAUUUGGAGAACAUAUGGAAGAACGACACCAUUCUUUCUUCGGGGAUUCAACAAACUCUUCGUGGACCUUUACCAGGACAAGCUAUAUCGGAUACUGUAUUAUAUCCAUCUCACCUACGAGACGAUGGAUCUGUUGACCCAGAAACAAGUUCAGAUUACUCUACUCAGUCAUCAGAUACAUGUAAUACAGAUUGUUUCCCUUCGUUUCACGAUAACAAAGACUAUAUGACCACAUCUUUUUUAUUUGAAGAACUUGCAAAGGAUCAAGUCAAGAAGCAUGACAGGAAGUUAUCCGAGUAUCCGUUGUUUAGAAACAGUCCAAAUCAUUACAAUACUGAUUAUUAUAAAUCUCUUUAUGGAUUAAUGUCCAAGCACCAGGAGGCCGAUAAAGAUCAGGAAGCUGAUAGCGAAACAUCACCACUUCCUGAAUGGGCUCUUGAACCUGACAAUCCAGAUUAUGAAAUAACUUCAAUGCCAUCAUUUUCUCAAUUCCCCAAUGGUUCUAUGACAGGGUAUGUGAGUAGAAAAUGGAAAGGGAGGUUAAAUGAAAUCAGAAGACUCCCAGAGAAGAUGAAAAGACAGAUCGGUUCUAUUGUCAUACCAUUACAAUCAGCUCUGUAUAACAUUAAUGAAAAUGGGAAUUCAGUUAUAUUGGGCCAUUUACUCGAUGGUACAGAGGUAGCUGUAAAAGUUGUUGACCCAAAACUCUACUCUGUUAAUUCUGAACUCAUGGAAAGACUCCAAGCUGCCGAAAUCAAACACAAUUUUCUUUUGAAAUAUUUGGCAAUUGGAGAAACUAGUAAUAAACAAUACAUAGCUUGUGAGUUAUGUGAUUACACAUUGGAAGAAUACAUGCAUAUUACUUGUUUAAAUUUUCAACAUGAUGCUCUAUCUGCUAAUAAAUUAUCGUGGCAGUUAUUAAAAGGUCUACAUUAUUUACAUACAGAAUUCCUGCUGCCUCAUGGAAACUUGAAGCCACAGAAUAUAUAUGUUGAUUUUGAUGGUAAAUUAAGAAUUGGAGGAUAUGGUGUCAAUAAAAAACACAGAUUGUGUAGAAUGUCGACAGCACCUUGCAAGAAAUUGAAACAUGAAAUUUGGAGAGCUACAGAAUGUUUAGGUGACAGUGAAAACACUGUUUCUACUACUAGUUCUGAUGUUCAGGUAGCGGGAAUGUUGAUACAUUAUAUUCUUACUGGUGGAAAACAUCCUUAUGGUGAAAACCCUUAUGAGAUAGAAGUCAACAUUUGCCAAAAUUGGGGACAGAUGACAUUUAUUUCCGAAGAAGCCAAUGAUCUUAUCUCAGCCAUGUUGUUUUCGGAUAUUUCAGCAAGACCGACUCUUGAACAAUGUUUGGGACAUCCAUUUUUCUGGUCGGAUGAAAUGAAAUUUCGAUUAGUUUUGAUAGCUGGGUCAGACGUUUUGAAAGAAAUGAAAACCGGUGUACCUGUAACAGGAAAUGGUUCAACUACAAUGAUCGACUUUCUAAAUGUUGUUCCAGCAGAAAACAUCAGUCAAGACUGGAUGGCUGAUUUAGAUCCAGUUAUACUGAAAGAUAUGAGAUCGUUCCGUCAGUAUAAAAAUUCACUUGCUGAAUUAGUAUUAUUCCUUUACAACUGUUGUCUACAUUUCGACAAAAUGUCACCAGCAGCAAGAGAAGUUAUGGAUGAUCCAUGUAGAUAUUUUCCUGCUAAAUUUCCUAAUUUAUUUAUGGCAGUUUAUAGAGCAAUCAAAGUUUCAGAUCGUGUUAACAGAACCUGCUAUAAACCAUUCUACUCUCAUUGUUCCUAGAUAACCCAGAUUUAAACAAAUGUCUUUACAAAUGUCUUUCAGUUUUACAAUUUCAUAUUUUACACUUUUACUUUUUAUAUUUUAAAUAAUUUUUACAAUAAUAUAAUGUUUAAAAGUGAAUGAAUUAAAGAGUGUCUUUUGAA